GCGGCUUGCGAUUUCCACUAGGGUUUAUCUCCUCUCGCGCCGCAGCCGCCACAGCACCCAGAGGAGAACGGCGAAAGGCCACGGUCGGAGAUGUCGGAGAAGAAGCGCGCCCCCGGCCCUCGCAAGGACGAGGUGGUGACCCGCGAGUACACCAUCAACCUGCACAAGCGCCUCCACGGAUGCACCUUCAAGAAGAAGGCACCAAAUGCCAUCAAGGAGAUCAGGAAGUUUGCACAGAAGGCCAUGGGAACGACAGAUGUUCGUGUUGAUGUGAAGCUCAACAAGCACAUCUGGAGCAGCGGUAUCAGGAGUGUCCCAAGGCGUGUUCGUGUCCGGAUUGCCCGCAAGAGAAACGACGAGGAGGAUGCCAAGGAGGAACUCUACUCUCUGGUCACCGUUGCUGAGAUCCCCCAGGAAGGUCUGAAAGGUUUGGGAACCAAGGUUGUUGAGGACGAGGACUAAGUCUUCCUUGGUUUGUAUCAGUUAGAACUUAAUACAUAUCUCUGCUGAGAGCAAAUUUGGAAGUCUUGCUUUAGCUUAUUGUUAUCUACUGUUGAUGACUUCUGUGAUAGAAGAUUUGAGAUGUUGGCUAUUUUCCUCAAGCGCUUGAAAUUUUGACUUUUGACUUGUUUCUUAUUCA